UCCAGUAGUACUUUUCAGGAUGACAGUGAUUAUUCUACUCCUGCUGGUACUUGCGUUUAGUUUUUCUGAAGCGGAGGACAAUGAGCUGUUCUCCGUGAUAAGCACCCCCCCUGAAAAGGGCCAGAGUGUUUUACCCGACCCUGGCCAGAACCAGAGCACAAGGCUUGGGGCCAAAGACCCCUCUCUCACCAUCAACGAGCCCCUGGAAAAGAGCAGCAAAGCUGGGGACCCCAAGUACGCCCUCCACCCCCUUCCCUCUGGGGUCUGGCCCAAGCACAGUGACCCUCGCUCCGGCCCCCACAACAAGAGCAAGAAGGGCCCUAAAAAUGACCGCCUGAUCGAGCACAACAGCGAGAAGAACCGCGGUGAGGCCAGUCUAGCACUUCCCAAAACGCCACUUACCGCUGCUACCAACCGCACACAAAAAGUAAACGUGGACCCUUACCGAGACCCCCACACUUACUUCAACAACCCCCCACAGAUUGACCCGGACAGUCACCCCAACUCCAGACCCAGGGGCCACCCCCAAAUUCACCCAGCCACCUCCCCUCGCAGGGACCCCCCAACCAGAAAGCUGGACCCGGAGGAGAAUCGCCCUGGAGGGAAGUCCAGUCUGUACCAGUCUGGCGGCGCCAACCGGAAUAACAGCCGCUCAUCUGUGCUCCUCAACCGUCGCUCCUCCAGCCUGCUCUACCACUUCGACAUCCUGAAACGAGAGUCUGACUUCACUCACGAGGCCGUCUGCAUGAGUGAGUGCAGGAAGGAGAAGGAGGAGAGAGACCACUACUGCUACAGUGAAUUUGCCGUCAAUGGGAUCGUUCAUGACAUAGACAUGGUGCGUAAGGGGAUUAGACUCAUCACACUGAUGGUGAGCAGCGAUGGCUUCUACAAGAUGAGCCGCCUCUACGUCACUCCAGACAGCUUCUUUCUCAAAGUGCGUCUCCUAGUCCUGGACACCUACAAAUGUAGCAAGCCUUGUCCUGACAUCAAACUAGGUAGCCGGUACAUUGUAAUGGGCCAGAUCUACCACCGGAGGCGCCACCUUCCCAAUGACCUUCUGGCCCUGCUGGGGGGCAAACUGAAGCCAGGCGACGGCCUCCUGCGCAGCAACAACUACGUCAAGCGCUUCAACAAGAGGAGACACCAGAAAGCCCUGGAGGCUACCCGCUCCAAGUGUAGGUGAAACCAAAACACACUAUCGCCCCCUGCAGCGGUGGGAAAGACAUUGCAGCCGUCAACAUGAAGUGACUGUGACCUAUAACCCUACAACAUUUCAGCCGAGAUGUAGAUGGACGAGGCCAAGGUGUUGUUGUUUUUUUACUGCAUGGACCUCCUGCACUUGUUUGUCAUAAUCCAGGUUGAGUGGUAAUGUUUUUGCUUGUCUGUCUGUACAGUCUAUGCCUUGUAGCUUUGCGUCCUCUUCGAUAGAAGACACAAGUGGAGUCUAUAUCAAAGGUUCUCAUCUUCAAACCUCUGCUUGAAGUGUUGCCCCAUCAGAUUUCCUCACACUGUUGCUCUCUGUUAUUGUGCAUGAGCAUUUAGUUGGAUAGAGGGCACACUUAACAAAGGUAAAAGAUGAGCUCUCUAGUAUAUCUCUUUGUUCAUAAGUCUUCUAUACUCAUUUAUUAAGAUGUCGUAGUACUUCAAAUGAUCAUUUUUUUCAUGUCUGGUACAUGAAUCGGUCAGAUCAGUGCCUCCCUCUUAUUGGUUUCUUUUACGAUUUCAAUAUUCUGCCAGCGAACCCAGAGUUCUGUUUCAAUGGAAUAAUUUAGGUAGGGGACAUUUUCAUUGGCUAAUUCGAUGUAACACAACUUUUCAUCAGAAUGUUUUGGUUGUCCUGUGUCCACAUUUGAAGAUGUUGUCCGAGCAUGUGAAAGAAGCCCAUAAUUGCCCUGAGGGAUGAAGACUGCCAACUCCAGCUCCACUAUUCAUGCGAACACACACAUCUCUCCAAUUGGCUUGUUCCAGGUUAUCCCAAUCAUCCAUGGGAAAGACUUAUCUGUUCAGAUCUAGUUGCACACGGGUGCUUCUCCAAUGGCAAGAGUCCAAUUACAUUUCGCCUUUCGAACUUGGUAGGAAACUUUAAAGGAUUUCCUAUUAACUGAAUGUACAAUAUCAGCAAUCUCCUAUUUAUGCCUGUAAGAAAAGCGGUCGCAUCUUCACACUGUUUUGUUCCUGUCAUUUGAUUGCAGGAAAUGCACUUUUACUGUAUGUGAAAGAGAAGAGGGGGGUGGGAUGUAAGACUGGAAAAGCAGCAUCAACAACAACAAACCCCAGAGGAGGGAUAAGUUGAGAAAAGAAACAAAACUUAACCUAGUUUUCUAAUGUUAAAGAAGUUUACACGUUGAAACAUCCGACGGCGAAGACAGACUUCAUAAGGGAACCUGGUGGUAUUAGUGGGUGUUUUUGUAAAUCUAAUCACGGGAAUCUGAUUCCCCCCCCCCCAGGGCACCUGGACACACGGAUUCAGAAAAGUGCGGCUCUCCUUGCCGGCUCUCUUUGGAGAUGGUGAGGUGAAAGCUAAUGCCACCUCUGACCCUUAUUUGCUCAUACACACACACACAGACACCCACAACCACAACCGAUCCGGACAAAGUUCAAAGGAGACAUUUGAGAGUGGCCAAGGGAAGGAGAGAUGGAGAGAGGGAGGAGGGAAGGAGGAAGAGGGAAGGCAAAAAAGAAAGAAGAGAAAGGUUGUAGUGCCUUCAGAAAGUAUUCACACCCCUUGACCUUUUCCUCAUUUUGUUGUGUUACAAAGUGGGAUUAAAAUGGAUUUAUUUGUAGUUUUUGGUCAACGAUCAACACAAAAUACUCUAAUGUGGAAGAAAAAUGUGAAUAUUUAUUACAAAGUUAUGAAAAAUAAUAUAUAUCUUGAUUAGGUAAGUAUUCACUGCCCCAUAGACAAUACAUGUUAGAAACACAUUUGGAAGAGGUUACAGCUGUGAGUCUGUAGGUGAGUCUAAGAGCUUUGCACACCUGGAUUGUACAAUAUUUGCACAUUAUUCUUGGUAACAUUCUUCAAGCUCUGUCAAGUUGGUUGUUGAUCAUUGUUAGAAAGCCAUUUUCAAGUCUUGCCAUAAAUUUUCAAGCCGAUUUAAGUCAAAACUGUAACUAGGCCCUUCAGGAAUAUUCAAUGUUGUCUUGCUAGGCAACUCCCAGUGUAUAUCUGGCCUUGUGUUUUAGGUUAUUGUCCCUUUUGAAUGGUGAAUAUGUCUCCCAGUGUCGGUUGGAAAGUAGACUGUACCAGGUUUUCCUCUAGGAUUUUGCCUGUGCUUAGCUGUAGUCUGUUUAUUUUUGUCCUAAAAAACUCCUGAGUCCUAGCUGAUGACAAACAAACCCAUAAAAUGAUGCCGCCACCACCAUGCUUGAAAAUAUGUGUUGCUUUGGAUUUGCCCCAAACAUUCAGGACAAAAAAGUUGUUGAUCCAUCCUCAGUUUUCUCAUAUCACAACAAUUAAACUCUGUAACUGUUUUAAAGUCACCAUUGGCCUCAUGGUGAAAUCCCUGAGCAGUUUUCUUCCUCUCUUGCAACUGAGUUUGGAAGGACACCUGCAUCUUUGUAGUGAUUGGGUGUAUUGGUGCAUCAUCCAAAACCUAAUGAAUAACUUCACCAUGCUCAAAGGGAUAUUCAGCAUCUGCUUUAUUUUGUAUUAUUUUUUACACAUCUACCAAUCGGUGGCCUUCUUUGAGAGACAUUGGAAAACCUCCCUGGUUUUUGUGGUUGAAUCCAUGCUUGAAAUUCACUACUCAAUUGAGGUUCCUUACAGAUAAUUGUAUGUGCGGGGUACAGAGGUUGGGUAGUCAUUCAAAAAGAAUGUUAACCACUAUUAUUGAACACUGAAUGAGUCCAUGCAAUUUAUGUGAUUUGUAAAACACAUUUUUACUCCUGAACUUAUUUAUGCUUGUCAUAACAAAGGGGUUGAAUACUUAUUGACUCAAGACAUUUCAUCUUUUCAUUUUUUAUGAAUUAAAAAAAAAAGUUCUACAAACAAAAUUACACUUUUACAUUAUGGGGUAUUGUGUGUAGAUCAGUGACACAAAAUCUUAAUUUAAUCCAUUUUAAAUUCAGGCUGUAACACAGCAAAAUGUGGAAAAAGUCAAGGGAUGUGAAUAUUUUCUGAAGGCACUGUAUGUACAUACAUCAAGAAAGAGAGAGACCCUGGGAGAGAAAGAGAGAUCCUGGGCUCUCCAUUCCUGAGGGAAAACUUUGAAUGGAUGAUAAGAUAGACAUCCAGACCACAGACCUUUGGUCUGGCAUGUCAUCUUUGACUAUGAUCAUACUUAAAAUGAGAGAAAAGCCAAAGGUUUGCACUGCGCAUA